AUGACACUUGGAGAAACCCAAAUGAACGUCAUAUAUGAGAACAAAGAAAAUAUGGAUACUAACGAGCCCGCUCCACAAAAGUCUGGGGGGGAUGCAGUUCCGCAGGCUAUGCAAAUACUGUCGUCAUCACAUGCUACUAACGAAGAGGAGCCAUUAUUGAAGGAGAAUCCGAAUAGAUUUGUCAUUUUCCCGAUCAAGUACCAUGACAUCUGGGCCUUCUAUAAAAAAGCUGUGGCGUCAUUUUGGACUGUGGAAGAGGUCGAUCUCGCCAAGGACAUGGCUGACUGGGAGAAGAUGACUGAUAACGAAAGGUUCUUCAUAUCGCGAGUGCUUGCUUUUUUCGCCGCUUCUGAUGGUAUAGUCAAUGAGAAUUUGGUGGAACGCUUUUCCAAAGAAGUUCAAGUUCCUGAGGCUCGAUUCUUUUACGGUUUUCAAAUUGCCAUCGAAAAUAUUCACUCUGAAAUGUAUAGUAAGCUUAUUGAGACCUAUAUCAGAGAUGAGAAGGAAAGGAACAUCCUUUUCAAUGCAAUUUUCGAGUUCCCUUGUAUUGCAAAGAAGGCUGAAUGGGCGUUAAAAUGGAUUGCAGACCACAAAGCUCCUUUUGCUGAGCGAGUCAUAGCAUUUGCUGCUGUGGAAGGAAUAUUUUUCUCUGGGUCUUUCGCUUCCAUUUUUUGGCUGAAGAAGAGGGGAUUGAUGCCUGGUCUCACUCAUUCUAACGAACUCAUUUCAAGGGAUGAAGGACUUCAUCGCGAUUUUGCAUGUCUGAUGUAUUCGCAUAUCAAAAAUAAGCUGAGUCAUGAACGCAUCUAUUACAUCAUUAGAGAUGCUGUCGCUAUCGAACAGGAAUUCCUGUCAGAAUCUUUGCCAGUAGACAUGAUUGGAAUGAACUGUCGCCUGAUGUGUCAAUACAUAGAGUACGUCGCAGAUCAUCUGCUUGUUGAGCUUGGUUGCGAAAAGAUCUACAAGUCGAAGAAUCCUUUCGACUUCAUGGAGAACAUUUCUAUCGAUGGAAAGACUAAUUUCUUCGAAAAAAAGGUUUCUGAGUAUCAGCGUCCUGGUGUGUUGAGCACGGAAAAGGAGAGGCAGUUCCAGCUUGAUGCAGAUUUCUAG